UGGGAGGCGAGGGCCCGCCUCGGCGCCUAGGUCCAGGGUAAGGGGGUGCUGGCGCGGACGCUGUCAUGGCUGCACGAUCUGUCACUCUCGGCAUCGACCUGGGCACCACGUCUGUGAAGGCGGCCCUGGUGGAGGCCGCGCCCGGCGACCCUUCCGAGUUCGUGGUACUGGCGAGCUGUACCCGGGCUGCGCGGGCCGAGACGGCGGCCCAGAGCGCGGCGGCGGGGCCCCAGGGGCAAGAACAGGAUGUGAGGAGAAUCAUCCAGGCCCUCCACGAGUGUCUCGCUGCCCUUCCCCAGGAGCAGCUCCGGAAGGUCUGUGGCAUCGGCGUGUCAGGGCAGAUGCAUGGAGUCAUGUUUUGGAAAACAGGCCAAGGCUGCGCAUGGACAGAGGCAGGGGCCGCCCCUGUGUUCGAGCCUAGAGCUGUGAGCCACCUGGUCACGUGGCAGGACGGCCGCUGUAGCAGCGAGUUCCUGGCUUCUCUGCCGCAGCCGGAGUCCCAUCUCAGCGUGGCCACGGGGUUUGGCUGUGCAACCAUCUUCUGGCUUUUGAAAAAUAGCCCGGACUUCCUCAAGUCCUACGAUACAGCUGGCACCAUCCAUGACUAUGUGGUUGCCAUGCUGUGCGGCUUGGCGAGACCCUUGAUGUCCGACCAGAAUGCUGCUAGCUGGGGCUAUUUCAACACCAGGAGCCAAAGCUGGAACUUGGAGAUACUGGCGGCCGCCGGCUUUCCCGUCCAGCUGCUCCCAGACGUAGCGGAGCCUGGCAGCGUGGCAGGAAGAACUUCGCAGGCCUGGUUUGAGAUCCCAAGGGGGACGCAGGUGGGCGUGGCCUUGGGUGAUUUGCAGGCCUCCGUCUAUUCCUGCAUGGCCCAAAAGACCGAUGCAGUUCUCAACAUCAGCACCUCAGUUCAGCUGGUAGCCUCCAUGCCUUCAGGAUUCCAGCCAGCACAGACUCCAGACCCCGCAGCCCCAGUUGCCUACUUCCCGUACUUUGACAGGACUUACCUGGCUGUGGCAGCGUCACUCAAUGGGGGCAACGUGCUGGCCACGUUUGUCCACAUGCUGGUCCAGUGGAUGGCGGAUCUAGGCCUGGAGGUUGAAGAAUCCAUGGUGUACUCAUGCAUGAUCCAGGCAGCUGCCCAGCAGAGAGACACCUGCCUGACCAUCACUCCAACAGUGCUGGGUGAGAGGCAUCUGCCGGACCAGCUGGCCUCAGUGACCGGAAUCUCCUCCUCUGACCUCUCCCUGGGGCAUGUGACCCGGGCCCUGUGCAGAGGCAUCAUUCAGAACCUGCAUUCAAUGCUUCCAUUUCAGCAGCUCCAGGAGUGGGGCGUGGAGCGGGUGAUUGGCAGUGGGAGUGCGCUGUCCAGGAACGAAGUGCUGAAGCAGGAGGUGCAGAGGGCAUUCCCUCUGCCUGUGUCCUAUGGACAGGAUGUAGACGCAGCUGUGGGGGCCGCUCUGGUCAUGCUCCAGAGAAGCCUUAGCCAGCAGAAAUCCUAGCACAUUUGUUGGCCAGAGUACUGUUGCAAUUUUUUUCUAAUUAACGUCCCUGACCCGAUCUUGGGGGUCACCCUUUUCCUGGACAGCUCUGUGGGCAGUUUUUAAGCAAUGCUUGUUCUUGGGGCCUCAAGAGUCAGCCUUUGGGGCACACACUCAUAAUGCAGCCAGGAAUCAUCAACCAGAUCCCAAAUCAGUGCCUUCUGAAAGAAACUCACCUGAGAGCUGGUUGCAAAUGUAAAUGUGAGAGAGAGAGAGAAAGAAAGAAGGAAGGAAAGAGAGAGAAGGAAAAGGGAUGGUAACCCAGCAUCUUGGUCAACAGGGUCACCUGUGAUUCAUCUGUAGACAAAAUAAAUGUGGGCUUCAGACACCAAA